AUGGUCAAGGGCACAGCAGCAGGCCUGGUGGGCGCGGGCGCUGCCGUCUCAGCAAUUGGCGGCGCCUACAAGUUUGGAGAGUUCCUGAAUAAAGCAAAACGCCUCAAGGACGUUGGACCCUCCAACGCCGUCUAUGUCCGCCUCAUCAAGCGCAUCCGUGCCGACCUCGACGAAGUCAAGCGUCUCCUUACCGUCCCCGAGAUCAAGGAUGCCCUCGAAGCGAACCCUCCCAAGGCGAAAUGGGUCUACGGCGCUAUGCGUGAUGUCCGCGGCGCCUUGGAAAACAUCACGCCGCAUACCGAGCGCGUGGCUAGCGACAUCGAGGAUGGCAGGCGCGUGGGCGUGAGGCAUCGCUUGUACUGGCUGCUGAGCGAGAAGGAGAAGCUGGAGAAUCGGGAGAAGGAGCUUCAUGUGGCUCACGCGAGCCUGACGGAGGUUCUCGCGUUCUUGACGGCUCUGGAGCCGGUUGAGCUGAAAGAGAAGGAAAGUCGUCACACCAAGGUGGAUAUCGAUGUGGACGUCCGACACGGCGGCCCUGACCGUGUUGAGCAGAAGGAGGUCUGGGUUGAGCGCCAUGAUCGUGGCCCUAGACACGUCCAUGAGACGCACGAAACCGUCAUUGAGCAUGAGCGACCCUCUCGUCACUUUGAGCGGGAGACCUGGGUCGAGCGCGAUCGCGACCCUCGCUACGAGGAGCGUGAGACCUAUGUUGAACGCCGGGAUCCCCGCCAUGAGGAACGAUACUAUGAGGACAGGCAGUAUGGCCCUCAGCCCGGACGCGUAGAGGAGCGCGAGUUCCACUACCAGCGUGACCCCCGUCACAUUGAAGCCGAGUACUACGAACGGGGCCCUCAACGCUACGACGAGAGACGCUACGAAGAGCGUCGCUAUGACAAUUACUCCCGCCGCCCCGAUUCCUUCGAAGACCGUGUCCCCGAGCGCGAGACCUUCAUGCAGAGCGAUGUCCGCAGGUCCUACAACCGCUCGCCCUACGGAGAAUAUGCAGAAUACGGUGCCCCCCAGCCAUCCGGAGCGGCCGAGUACCGGCGUAGGUUCACCGGAGACCCUGGAUUUGGCGAUGAACUUGUGCUAAAUCCGCAACCAGUGCCGCCGCAAGGCCAAGAGUACGAGCGUGAAACCUGGAUUGAGGAGAAGGAGGAUUACACGCGCGAUCAGUACGGGAACAAGCUGCCUGAGCCGCUGCAGAGGACAAGAUAUCCGCAGUAUCCGAAGCCCCGGUAUUAG